CACAAACUUUUAAUAUCUGUAUACUUAACAAUUACAUUCUUUAACCUUUACGAUGGAUGUUUCUCUAGACACCAACAUUCUCGAACAGCUCAACACCAGUGAGACCAAAGCCCUCCAUGAUAUAAGCGACAGUCUGAGUGCUUGCGGCGUCGGUCGUAUCGUCAAUCUUCCGCAAAUCAUCGUCGUUGGCGAUCAAUCCGCUGGCAAGUCGUCCGUUCUUGAGGCUAUUUCCCAUGUUCGCUUUCCGGUCCAAGGAAAUCUUUGCACAAGGUUUGCAACUGAGCUCAUUUUCAGGCGAGCUGACGAGACUCGCAUUGAUGUGAGCGUCAGAUUUGAAGACAGAUCGAAACCAGCAAAGAGAUUCCAGAGGGCUGGAUUUCGUGAGGAUGACUUGGGCGACAUCAUCACGGAAGCCAAAGAGUGCAUGGGCUUUGGCAAGGCCGGGAUGGAGUUCUCCAAGGACGUGCUCCGUCUAGAAAUCGAAGGGCCGAAGAUGUACCCACUGAGUCUCGUUGACCUUCCAGGAUUCUUCCAAGUUGCUACAGACAACCAGUCAUUCGAUGGUAAAGAAACGGUCGACCAGCUUGUUGAGAGCUACAUGCGACAGAAGAACAGCAUUAUUCUGGUGGUUAUCACUGCGAAUAACAACCUUGCCAAUCACUUAGCCCUCAAGAAAGCUAAGGACAUUGAUCCGGAACGCCGAAGAACCAUUGGCGUAAUCACGAAGCCUGAUCUGACUCGCCCGGGCUACGAUGCUGAGAAGGAAUACAUCAAGCUGGCCAAGAACCAGGAAGCCGCGCACAAGUUGCAGCUCGGGUGGUAUGUCUUGCGCAAUAGGGCUGAAGAUGAGAAUAGCUUAGAGGGUCGAGACCAGGUCGAAGAUACGUUCUUCAAAAAGGGUGCUUGGGCGACUAUUCCCUCCGAAAAUCGUGGCAUUGUGAGUUUGCGAAAGAAACUCAGCCACGUGCUCUACAGUCACAUUCGCAACAGUCUGCCUGGAGUCAUUACAGACAUUGAAACGACGCUUAGAGAGCGACAAGAGGAACUUGAUCGUCUUGGAAAAUCUCGAUCCACUCAAGAGGACCUUAGGUCUUUUCUGCUUGGCAUUGCCAGUGACUUUCAGCGACUCGCCAGGGAUGGCAUAUACGGCCGAUACAAUGACGAAUUCUUUGGUGGUUUACAGGACGAUGACCGAAAGUUGCGAGCACAACUGCGGAACUUCAGUCGAGCUUUUGGCCACAUCCUUCAAACUAAGGGUUCGACUCAUGUCACCGUCUCAAAUGAUGACAGUGAUUCCGAUGAUGGCGAAAUACCCGUGUACCUCGAAGAGUUUCUAGAACGUUACCCCUACAACCCUCCACAGCCGCAGAAGAUCACGAGAAGCGAGCUUGCUGAGCAACUUGAGAAACAAGCCGCUGCUAACCAAGGGUUGGAGUUUCCAGGAACCCCUAACAAGGAUCUUGCCAUGCAGCUCUUCAAGCAACAAGCCGCACCGUGGAGAGGUAUUGCCGAGUCACAUGUCAAGUUGGUAACGGCAGUUGCGAAAGCUUUUGUUGAUCAAGUCUUUGAGUACGUUGUUGGGUCUCCACGGACAAAUCGAACUACUGAGGCAAUCCUGUCAACCUGCGUCGACCCAUUCUUUGAUGAAAAGGAAAAAGAGCUUCAGAAGAAGAUCGAUGAGCUACUGAGGCCUUAUGUCCAAGGUUACGCACUUCCUCUUGACUUGGUGUUCUAUGACAUGAUGUCAAAAACCUCAGAUGAAAAGCUAGAGAGACGCAUCUCUGCUGUUCUGCAAGACAAGUAUCCCCACUUGCUUGAGAGUAACACAACAAAGACAGGAGAUGGGAGUAAGAAAGUUGACUCUAAGGCAAUUGCUCAAGAUAUCAAUGAGGAAGAUGAGCUCGAAGAUAGUGAGUUUGGAAUCAACAAAGUCAUAGACACGAUGUUGACAUAUUAUACGAUGUCUCUGCGCACCUUCACCGACAACGUCAUCAACUUGGCGGUUGAAAGCUGCCUGGUGUAUGAUAUACCAGAUAUCCUUACACCUACGAAGGUAGAUCGAAUGAGUAAAGAAAGACUUGAGGAGUUGGCAGGCGAAUCGGACGAUACAUCGUCUCGAAGAAAGAGCCUACAAGAGGAGGUCGAGAUCCUCAGACAGGGUUUGGCCCAAUGCCGGCGAUAUAAGCCAAGAGCAGUAACACCGUUACCGUCUACGGCAAACGAGCCUCAAGGCAGCGCCCCGACUACAUCUAAAGUAGCUCCUAUGGAUACCGGCAAGAAGACGAGUCCACCAAGUGUUAUCAACCCUCCUAAAGCUCAAUUUAAUGGCUGGACGACAAUCCCUGACUUGCCCAAAGCUAAGAGUCCCUUCAAGGCUGAGAAUUCCUUCAAUUUCUCGAAUGCUCCAGUGAAACCAUCAAGCCCAGCGCCAUCAGCAACAAAGACUGCCGUGACCUUCGGAAGCGGCUCUGGGCUCUUUGAAUCGGGGCCCGCGCUUUCAUACCAGCCGGCCUCUUUUCAGUGGAACGGGUCUGCCGGUGCCAAGAAGUAGGAUGUUCAGCGACCUUAGGAGUGUCCCAUGAUUUGUAUUUGUAAGCGAAACAGUGCAUCAAGAGAGGGAGGACUGGAGUGCGGGUGCAUUGAGCGGGAUUGAGAGCGUCGGAUGAGUCUACAGCACGAGGGACAUAGCUUAGUUCAAACAAUAUUACGGUCCUUUGACAUUCUAUAA